UUGCAGAUGUUGGUCGGUCGAUCUGUCGGUCGGUAUGUAGACCAAACCGUUUCCAGAUGAUAACUCAAGAAUGCUUGGGCCUAGGACCAUGAAAGUUGAUAGGGAGGUUGGUCAUGACCAGCAGAUGACCCCUAUGGAUUUUGAGGUCAGUAGGUCAAAGAUCAAGGUCACAGUGACCUGGAACAGUAAAACAGUUUCCUGAUGAUAACUCAAGAAUGCUUGGGCAUAGGAUCGUGUAAGUUGAUAGGGAGGUUGGUCAUCACCAGCAGAUGACCCCUAUUAAUUUUGAGGUCAGUAGGACAAAGUUACAGUGACCAGGAACAGUAAAACAGUUUCCGGACGAUAUUUCAAGAACACUUGGGCCUAGGAUCAGGAAAAUUGAUAGGGAGGUUGGUCAUGACAAACAGAUGACCCCUAUUGAUUUUGAGGUGAUAAGUCAAAGUUCAAGGUCACAUUGGCAAGGAACAGUUGAAUGGUUUCCGGACAAUAACUCAAGAACACUUGGCCCAAGGAUCAUGAAAGUUGAUACAGAGGUUAAUCAUGACUAGCAGAUGACCCCUAUUGAUUUUGAGGUCAGUAAGUCAAAGGUCAAGCAUACAGUGACCCGAAACAGUUAAACCAUUUCAAGACGAUUACUUGAGAACGCUUAAGGAGAUUGGUCAUGACCAGUAGAUGGUCCCUUUAGAUUUUGAGGUCUGUAGGCCAAAGGUCAAGGUCACAUUGACCCAGAACAGUUAAAUCCUUUCCGGACAAGAACUUGAGAACACUUGGGCCUAGGAUCACGAAACUUAAUAGGGAGGUCGAUCAUGACGAGCAGAUGACUCGAAGGUCAAAGGUCAAGGUCACAUUGUUCCAGAACAGUAGAACUUUUGUUUACAGUGAGCAAAUAAUUUUUGUUUCUUGUGCAAUUACUGAAUGCAUCAAGGGGGGCAUUUCGUGUUCUACGAGCUCUUGUUUUCACUGUCAGAGGAAAUAACUCUGGUCUGUCUUGAGUGAAAUCCAAAAUAAAACCCUAGAUGCACAACUUCACAUGCUGCAUAUCAUUCCUACAAGGGACAUAACUCUGGCCUUACUUGUACUACUUCACAUGCUGAAUAACAAUCCUGUGGUGUUUGAAUACUCUUGAUCAAAUUUUUUUGUAAGAAUGCAACAGAUGGCAGACACGGACAAGGAUAAAAAUCAUAAGUGCCACCUAGAUCUGUUUUAGGGAGAUGUGGGCACAAAAAAUAAGAUGUUUAGCCAAUAAAAGAUAAUGUCCUCCAUCGCUCGGACCCAACCAAAUCAAACUAGAAGUAACCCCACUAGGUUUCAAGGGACCUGCUCUGCAGCAACUACAGUCAAGAAUCCCACACUGUUGGGGAGAAACUGCAGCAUCAGAAAUGGUCUCCACAACCUUACAAUUGCCUCUAGCUCUGCUAGCACAAUAGUUGCCGUGUACACUAACAAUAGAGAAUAAAACUCAAACAACUCCAAACAUGAGGAGAAUUUUAGACAUAUCCAAUAUACAGAUACCUCUUACAAAGAAACAAAAAUGAUCCUUAGUAAAUAUGUAAUGUCUCAAAGCAUUGAAGACUCUACAAAGGUACAACAGUAGUAAGAUACCAAAUCAUUGAGAUCAUACGUUGUGGUACAGGGAUAGCAGAAGAGCACAAACAUAAGACACAGCAGGGAAUACUACUUACUGUCCAUCCAGUAGGGAUCAAUAUUUGCAGAUAGAAUGGGAAUUCUCGGCCAUUUAGCAUAACUUUCUAAGAUUGUCCAAUCUCCAUCUUAUAAUAGGCUGAAAGAACAUCUUAUACCAACUCGCAGGUUGUCAUCAAACUUGGUUUAAACUUAGCAUCCAGGGACUUCAUGAAUUUAUUUAGUGUGUUUUUCUUCAAUACACAAUAGACAAAUCCAAGCAUUACUGAAAUUAAUUCAAUGAGAUUCUGUCUGUGCAGGAUUGAAUAUAAUUAUUUGAACACUUGCAAUAUUUAACUUGAUAAUAAAAUUUUACUGCAGCUGAUGUUAAAUUAUGUAUCAAAGUCACACAGUAUCUACCUAUGUGAUAGGCCAGUAAGUAAAGAUAAUAGUAAUAGGUAAAUCUUACUUGAACUGUCACCCAAGAGUUAUUAAUAGCAGUUCAUAAUUUGGAUUUCACAGCUUUUUGAUUACAAACAUACCUGAUUCAGCAGUCUGAAUAUACAUGUUACUGUCAGUGAAAUGUCCACCAAUGGAGUAAAUGUUCAUGUGGUCAAGAUGUACACAGGGAGAUUUUAUUAACUAAAUUCCAAAGUUUCUAAUUGAAAUUUUAAAGUAACUUCAGAAGCAGUCAGAUGAUCCAGUUUUGGUACCUACAUGUACAUGCAGAGAAUUUGACAACACUUACAAUCUUAACUUAAAAUAUCUUAUAUUAGAACCAGUGUUCCAUUUAGUUCAUGUAUGGGUAAAAAAAUUUAUGAUUGCAUUAAAACAUAGUUAUAGUUUAUGAUAAAUAAAGUUUUAACAUCGUAUUAAGGGAAAGACAGACAACAAGAAAAUGGCAACAACAAACACAUUUCAUUGGUUGGAUUACUUGAUUUUCAUCUUAAUGUUAGUCAUAUCUGCAGCGGUCGGGCUAUUCUACGCGAUUAAGGACAGACGAAACCAGAGUACAGCAAACUUUCUGCUCGGAGGGAGACGUAUGUCAAUACUUCCAGUCACAUUGUCAUUGAUGGCAAGUUUCCUGUCUGCGAUACUUGUUCUCGGAGUACCGACAGAGAUAUUCUACAAUGGGACAAUGUAUUGGUUAAUUUCGUUCAGUAACCUUAUAACGUUUCCUGUAGCAGCUCACGCCUUCCUACCUGUGUUCCAUGAUUUGAAGCUGACAAGCGCAUCUGAGUACUUAGAGAAAAGGUUUUCUAGACCAGUGCGGAUCAUUGGUAGUGCUGUGUUUCAAGUGCAAAUGACAUUAUAUAUGGGUGUUGUACUGUAUGCUCCAGCUAUAGCACUAAAUCAAGUGAUGGGAAUAGACAUCCUUGUUUCAAUAUUACUGAUAGGUGCCAUAUGUACAUUUUACACUGCUGUUGGUGGUUUGAAAGCAGUAAUGUGGACGGACGCCUUUCAGAUGAUUAUUGUAUUUGCUGGUGUUGUUGCUGUGGUCUGGAAAGGCACGACCGAAAUUGGAGGAUUUGAUGUCGUCUGGCAACUGGCAAAAAAUGGCAGCAAGUUACAAGCUGACAAUUUUGACCCAAGUCCACUAGAAAGACAUUCAUUCUGGACAUUGGUAAUUGGUGGGUUUGUCACAUCGAUGACAAUAUACGGGUCCAAUCAGGCUAUGAUACAGAGAUACCUUAGCAUGGAAUCCAGAAAAAAAGCACAAAUGGCAUUAUAUUUACAAUUACCAGCAAGUAUUAUCUUUACCUCCCUGUUGGUGUAUGCGGGCCUAGUGCUGUUUGCUCGUUACCAUGACAAUGAUCCUCUUCAGGACUGUCUUAUCAAUAAACGAGACCAGUUGAUUCCAUGGUUAGUGAUGGAUAUCUUAGGUCAGUUCCAUGGUUUUCCAGGACUCAUGGUUGCUUGUAUAUUCAGUGCGUCACUGAGUACAGUAUCAUCUGGAGUUAAUGCCCUUGCAUUGACCUUCCUUACGGACAUUAUCAAACCAAUAUACAGACUAGCAAAAGGAGAGAAAAUGACAGAACGGCUUUCAACAGUUCUGUCUAAAGUAUUUGCAAUAUGUUUUGGUGUGGUGACUGUAGUGCUGGCAUUCCUUGCCCAGUUUUUUGGCAGCCUUAUCUUGCAAGUGGCUCUCAGUAUAUUUGGAAUGGUGGGUGGCCCUUUGCUUGGGCUCUUCAUCUGUGCACUGUUCUUUCCUGUCAUAAACUCCUGGGGAGCAGGUAUUGGGGUUAUCUCAAGCCUAGCUGUGACAUCCUGGGUAGCCAUUGGUUCUAUAGUAUAUCGUUCAAAUCACAUGCCAACUACACAUUGUCCAGAGUCAGGACUUGGGUAUAAUGUCACCAAUGGUACAACAGGUAUCACCACUACACAUGUGUUCACAACUGCCAGUUCUUCAUUCAACAGUUCUACAGAACUUGCAACUUCAUCAGAUCAAGUAUUAAGUGGUUUAGAACAGUUAUACCAUCUGUCGUACAUGUGGUACAGUUCUCUAGCUGUUGUCACUACUGUUGUCAUUGCACUUGUUGUGAGCUGUGCAACAGGAGGCAAUAAGAAAAGACCCAUAGACCGCCAUUUAUUAUCACCAUGGUACUUGGCCUUUCACAACCUGUCACAUGUUACAUCUACCUCAUCAGGAAAAAAGGGAACUGUCAACGAGUCCAGUGAUACAUGCUCACAUAUAGAGAUGACUGAAGUAAAAGAAAGUAGUAAACAGAAUGGAGUACAGCCUCUACAAACAGAACAACUUGAUGAAGAACUACUUUCAAAGGAAAUUUCAUGAUAAUUAGCUUGUUUUUUAUUUUAGACGGAGGACAUGAUCAAAAUUUAAGUUUGCUCAGGGAAAAAUGUGCUCAGGAAAAAUAAGAGACAAUUUUUUGUACUCAGCAUUGGAUACACAUCAUGAAAUUUAUUUGUGAAGCAAAACUGCACUUGGAUUUUUUUUCUGAUAAAAAAAAUAACUUUUUAUGGCAGUCAGUUAUUUCAUGGCAGUCUGUUUUAUAUGGUACCAUCAGUUUUCAUAUUGAAUGAGACAGUUUUCAGGAAGGUUUUAUACAAAUAUCAUAUUUCCAUCCCAGGAUCUAAUGAGGCUUUAGAUUUAAUUGAAUCUGGAAAAUAACUGAUAAAAGGAUUAGUGUUUUUGUUAUUUGAUGGAGACUGUAAAACAAUUAUUUGCUGGUGAAAAAAAUCAUAUUACGAAAAUGUAUUUGCAUCAGUUAUCUCCCAUUAUAUCAAAAGUAUAAAGAAAUCCAUAGAUU